UUGCUCCGCCUGUCUGUCUCGGCUCUGGAGGAAUUUCAAGGCGACCCCUUGUCUUUCGGAGAGGCUCCUCACUGCUGGGAUGAGCUGAGCUGCCGUGGGUUCCACACCGAGCGGGACAAUGUGAAUACAAGGAGUUAUCUUGGCCAGUGGAAUCACAAGACGCACCGCUCCAGCUUUUUUGCCAUGGCCUCUGAAGCAGCUGUGGAGAAGAGAGCCAACCUGCUGGCAUCCCGGGUCCACUGGAGCCACAUGGAGCUUCUUGAGUCUCAUGGAAAUUCAAGCCAGGACAGUGUCAGAGAGUGGCUUACCACUGCUGUCAGUGAAGAGGAUGCAAAGCAUGUGCUGCCCAGGGACUCUGCAGAGCCUCUGAGGAGAAACCCCAGCAGUGAGGAUGACCUAGCCCUCGGUGUAGAAGCGUCUUUAUAUGGUAAACAGGGACUGAGGACCGUCCAGGAAUUUCUGCGGUGGACAAGGUCAAGACCAGCUCUUAGCAGGUGGAGCAGCUUCAACUCAGCUGCUUCUGGCCACUCUACACCUCUCAGUGUGAUGGAUGUUCUCAACCUGUGGAAUGAUGACCCAGAGGAGGUUCUGUUGGAUCUGGGCUUUGGCUGCGAUGAGCCGGACAUCUCAGGUCGCAUCCCAGCGCGGUUCAUCAAUCAUCAGUCUCAGGCAAGAGGAAUAAACCUCCAAGUGUUUCUGGAGGCCCAGAAGAAUCGGCUGGACCUGGAGAAUCCAGACGUCAGCAAUCGUUUCAGGCAGCUAGAAGUUCUGCAGCAGGUCACCUCAGCCUUUUCCUCCUUAGUGGGAGCUUCAUCCUCCUCCGCCCUUGGAGCACAGCGGCUGAUGAAAGACCUGCCCGCAGAGGCCCGGGAGAGGAGGCGACGUAUGGGUAUGCUCUUCCGACGAGCAUCAAAGAAGUCUCUGAGCCAAAUCCCCAGCAGCAGCACCCAGGAUCAGACCACUCAGGCCACCGCCUCUCCAAGCGCUGCACCCCAGCCGCUGCAGCCUCCAGCCAGCCCCGGAGACACCAAAGCCCUUGUGAAGAGAGUGAAACCAGGUCUCCAGGAUACUGUAUGUCUUAGCCCUCUGGCAGAGGAACUAGGACCUGGUCCAGACACUCAAGAGGCUUCUUCCAUAACCCAGGACAGUGCACUCAGACUGGGGCCUCUGAAGGAAGGUCACCCCCUGUCACCCAACACUGCCUUAGAGAGAAGGAGGAGCCCAGGGCAGGCGAGAGAAUCAUUUGAAAUGGAAGAGAUUCACAGUUUUGAUGACAGCAGUAUUGCUGGGAGCUUCACAGCAGGAGCAGAAAAUACAGUAUGGGGUGUAAACCGGACCAAUAGCUGCCAGUCGGACAGCAGCGGUUUCCUGGAAGAGCCUUUUAUCCCCUCCCUCUCUCAGCAGACGUCACCAGGAUCUGAACUCAUCAAGGCUCUUUCAGUCCUGUCAGGAGACAGCACUGACAGCAACACCACGGUGAGGGAGGCCUCCUCUGCUCCUCCCACUCCCACCUCUCCCUCUGUCCUCCCCUUCUCCUCCUCAACCUGUAACACUGAAACGGCUCUCUUUUCUUCACCAUCUUUUCCACCAGAAUGCUCAUUAGUAUCCCCCACUUCUCCAGACUCAGCCUCGGAAAGCCAAGAGGAGACUCCACCAGAUCAUGAUCUUGCCCAGCCUCCCUCAGACCCUCCUGCCUCUUUUUCUUUGCUGGUGUUUGACUCUCCUCCUCCUCACUCUUCCUCAACUGAUGUAGAAGACACUGCUCACUGUCACUCUUCAUCUCCUACAACUUCCUUCCAUGCUGGUCCAAUGUUUUCCCCACAACCUCCCUCACUUGUUGAACAACCAGAGCAAAUGAAAAUAGAGAAUGUUCCUCUUCAUUCCCUUUCUUCUUUCUCUACUGAAUUAGAAGACAAAACUUCUCCAUCUAUGUCUCUUCCUCCUCUCAGCCCUUCCCCCCCUUCCUCUCCUGCCUGUUGUUCCUCUUUCCUUGCCUCCAUUGCCAAAUCUUUCCCACAAACAGAUUUCCCUUCAGGGAGUCCAAAGAAUACACAAACUGAGAGGAGUGAGGCCUCUCCUCACCCAUCCCUCUCUCUUAAUUUAGAAUGCAAAGCUGGGGCAUCUUCAACCCUCCCUCCUCCCACCUUAACUCCGUCUCCUGAUUCUAAUUGUUGUAACCCCUCCUUCAGGAGUCCAGAAGACUCUCAAACAGAGAGGAAUGAGGUCUCACCUCUCUCCUCUUUGUCUCCAGACUCAGAUGGCAUAGGCAUGUCUCAUCCUCAUAUCAAGACACAAAUAAAAGAAGAAGAAGAAUUGCUUCUGCCCCCCAGCCUUUCACAUUCCUCUGAUUUGUCUGAGGAAGAUCCCACAUUCUCUUCUACCCCCAAUAAGUCUGAGGAGGAUCUUUCGAAACUCUCCUGCCUUUGCUCUACCUCUUCUUCUUCUUCUGAAAUUGACCAGUGUUCAGUACUGGCCUCCCCGCCUUCAGCCUUUCCUGAUCCAGAUGAUUUGACAGAUCAAGUUGUUAGAGGGAUCCCAGAUUCAACAGAAUGGUCUGUCACCCAGCAGGACAGACCUUGUCAUCAUGAUCAUAAUACAGAGUCUGCUCCGGACUCUUCUGUCCAACAUGUCAUUGAAGGUAAGACUGAACAGCUUGCUUUGGACCCAGAUGAUGAUCUUCAGAGGGAUGGAAGGAAAGAGGGAGAGCCUGAGAGACAAGGUGAGACCCUGAGAGACACUGUGCAGACUCAAGGGGCUGUUGUUUACAUGUCAGAUGCGGACUGUUCUGCAGUUAUGCCAGAAGAUUCUAGAUCUGCUUCUGUGGCAGAGACAGAAACAGAGCCACAGCCACAGAUCCAAUUCUUUGGUUUGAAUGAAACAGAAAGUGAAGAACAAAAAAGGUCUUCUGUAUCACAUGAUGAGGUUCCAGAAAUGGUACAAAAUGGUAGAACAGAAUCGGAACCAAAGGUGUCCGGUCCAGUACAAAUUGAGAGUUUAGAUCUGGUGUUUGAAACCUCAGUGGAUGGAUCAGAGGGUGAUGGUGAAUACGGUGAUGUGGAUGCUAUUUGUCGGGAGCUGGACUCUGAUGGAUAUGUCUACUGGGCAGAGCCGAUCCAGGUUUGCACUCCAUCCCCUGUGCUAGAGGAAUCAGGCAGCUUUGACACAUUAGAAACUUCUCUUGGGACUUCUGUCUCACCUACAGGGCCAACUACUCCGGACUCCCCAACAAGUGCUGCAUUAUUCAUGUCUGAAAGUGCCUCCUCAGACAUUCUCCCCUCUUUGACUCCAGCUCCAUCCUCUUCCACAGCCCUGGCAGACCUCAACAGCCCGGGCAGGUCCAGAUCAGGUCGGUCUGUUUCUGUCCAGAUGCCCUCAUCUCUGUGCUCCCAUUCUGUCUCCCAUAUUGUUCACAGGAAGGAUGUUCCCUACAUCACUGACUCUAAACCCACAAUCCCUCCAAGUGUUCUCACUUUGGACACAUCCACACCCCUCCGAGCUGUCCGGUCGUGGACAGACCUAAAGAUUCAACAAAGUGCACUUACCAAGAAGUCACAAUAUAGAGGUCUUCAUCCUCUGAAUAACCAAGUGACCAUCUCAGAAACAACAAGGAGACCUGCAUUAAUCUUCUCUUCCUCCCCAUCCUUCCCUUUACUGUCUAAAGACUGGCAGUCUUGUGACAGUUUCCCUGGAUCGGCUGGAAGCUUCAGGUCAAAGUCAGUCUCCCUGGACACAGGUCUAUGGCCUGAUGACAAAGUAGACAGGGGUGAUGAUGAAGAUGAGGAGAAGCGGUGGGAGGGAGAUCUGAUGACCAACUUUGCCUGCUGCUGUUCCUGUGACCAUCGAUGUACAUGCUGUACUCAAAACAGUCACGGCAAACAGGACACUGUGGGAAACUUAACUUAUUCUCUGGAUGAAUUGGAGGGGAUGAUGAUCUGUUUGCGGCAGUUCCGUGUUGUGCUGAAUAACAUGGAGGAGCACCUCUCUAACGACCAGGCUUCAGUGUACAGCGCGCUCUCUGACCAUGACAGGGAAGAGAUUCAAGAAAUUGCAGAGUUGAGGAAAGCGGUGAAACAAGAGGCUGGAGAACUGGAGCUGCAGCUGGACGCGCUAGCUAACCACUAUGAUGACAGCUUCAAAAUGAAGAUGCACAGACUGUUGGAUGAGCAGUCUCUACUCUGCUCUCAGCUAAGACUCUGCCCACCCGGAGCCACGCCUGUCUCCUCUGGCCCGGCCCACAGAACAGUGGCCACCCAGUGCUGCCUGCUGCCCUGGCUCCCGCUGACUGACAUGCCAAGUGGCUACCUCCCGUCAAGCGGCACCUGGGACUUGGAAUCCUCCAGACAUUCACUUUCUGGUUCAGAGGGCGUGUGCGAGGGCCUGGGCUGCUCUCCCACGAAGACAGACAAGCUGGACUUUGUGGGCUUCCUCCAGAGAUUGAAGGAGUCUUUGCGCCACUCUGCAAACACAGAGUCAGCAGAGUAAAAGAUAUUGUACUGCUGCUUUCAAAUCCUGGUGAAAAGGACCUGUUGUCUGAAGUCUUCCAUUCAGCUACUGAAGGCCAUACCUUGAGGAAUACUUGGAGAUUUUGAAUUUCAGUUGUGCUGCACAGGGAAUUCAUAACAAUAUGAGAAUAUUUUCAGCAUUUGCUACAUUUGCUAUUUAAAGCUACGGUAAAAAUGGCUUGUUAGCAUUCCCCAC